CUCCCGCGGGGCUCGCGCGGAGCUGGGGCGCCCCGGGCACCCCGCGACCUCUGCUAUGGCCGCGGCCCCCCCGGCAGCCUUCAUCCUCCUCGCCCUCCUCCUCCUCGCCCCCGCCGCCCCCAAGGAAGUCGUUCUGCUGGACUUCGCCAAGGCCCAGGGGGAGCUGGGCUGGCUAACCCAGCCCUACGGCAAAGGGUGGGACCUGCUGCAGAACAUGAUGAACGACUCGCAGAUCUACAUGUACCUGGUGUGCAACGUGCUGGAGGGUGAGCAGGAGAACUGGCUGCGCACCAACUGGAUCUACCGCAGCGAGGCCCAGCGCGUCUUCAUCGAGCUCAAGUUCACUGUCCGCGACUGCAACAGCUUCCCCAGCGGCGGUGGCUCCUGCAAGGAGACCUUCAACCUCUACUACGCCGAGUCCGACGUCGACUACGGCACCAACUUCCAGAAGCGGCAGUUCAAGAAGAUCGACACCAUCGCCCCGGACGAGAUCACGGUGCAGGACGACUUCACCAACCGCAACGUCAAGCUCAACGUGGAGGUGCGCUCGGUGGGGCCGCUGCGGAGGAAAGGCUUCUACCUGGCUUUCCAGGACCUGGGCGCCUGCGUGGCUCUGCUCUCAGUCCGCAUCUACUACAAGACGUGCCCGGCCGUGCUGCGGGGCAUGGCCCACUUCCCCGAGACGGUGGCGGGCGCCGACUCGCAGACCCUGGCGGAGGUGCGGGGCUCCUGCGUGGAGGAUGCGGUGGCCGACGAGGCGCCGACGCUGCACUGCAACGCGGACGGGGAGUGGCUGGUGCCCAUCGGGCAGUGCCAGUGCCGGGCCGGCUACGAGGCCGUGGGUGACCAGUGCCAAGCUUGUCCCCCCGGCACCUUCAAGGCCGAGGUGUCCCCCAGCGGCUGCCAGCCCUGCCCUGCGCACACGCUGCCGGCCCCGACCGCCGCUGCCGCCUGCCCCUGCGAGGACGGGCACUUCCGUGCCCCCACCGACCCGGCCGCCGCGCCGUGCACCCGUCCUCCUUCGCCCCCGGGCAGCGUCACGGCCAUGGGGCUGGGGGCCGCCGUGCAGCUGCGCUGGUCCCCCCCCACCGACACGGGCGGCCGGCAGGACGUCACCUACAGCGUCACCUGCGAGCAGUGCUGGCCCGAGAGCGGCGAGUGCCGGCCCUGCGACGGGGGCAUCCGCUACUCGCAGCCCCCCCGGGGGCUGGCAGGGACGGGGGUGACGGUCACCGACCUGGAGCCCCACGUCAACUACACCUUCACCGUCGAAGCCCGCAACGGCGUCUCGUCCUUCAGCACCCACCGCAGCGUGGCCACCGCCAGCAUCAGCGUCAACCAGACGGGUAAGGGCCACCGGUGUCCCCGCCACCACCGCUGUGGAGGUGCCACCGCCUCCCAUGACACCCCUGUCCCCACGGCAGAGCCACCACGGGUGACGUCCGUGAGCCUGGACGGGCGGACGGCCACCAGCCUGGUCCUCUCCUGGACGGUGCCGCUGCGGCAGCAGAGCCGGGUCUGGAAGUACGAAGUUACCUACAGCAAGAAGGUGGACGAGAACAGCUACUCGGUGCUGCGCUGCGAGGGCGCCUCCGUCACCAUCCCCAAGCUGUCCCCCGCCACCGCCUACGUGGUGCGGGUCCAGGCGCUCACCCAGGACGGCCACGGCACCUUCAGCCCCGAGCACGAGUUCGAGACAUUGCCUGAGGGAGCCGAGUCCAUGGCAUCUGCUGCCGUCAUCAGUGGCUCAGUCACCGGCAUCCUCUUUGUCGUCCUCCUCCUGGCCGCUCUCAUCUACGUCCUCCGGAGGAGGAGGAGCUCGCGGUCACGCCAGUCCCCUGAGGACGUCUACUUCUCCAAGUCUGCAGACCAGCUGAAGCCCCUCAAGACCUACGUGGACCCGCACACCUAUGAAGACCCCAACCAAGCCAUGCUCAAGUUCACCACCGAGAUCUCCCCGUCCUCCAUCACCCGCCAGAAGGUCAUCGGUGCUGGUGAAUUUGGGGAGGUCUACAAGGGCACCCUGAAACGCGGCAAGAAGGAGGUGCCGGUGGCCAUCAAGACCCUGAAGGUGGGCUACACAGAGAAGCAGCGGGUGGACUUCCUGAGCGAAGCCAGCAUCAUGGGCCAGUUCUGCCACCACAACAUCAUCCGCCUCGAGGGGGUCGUCUCCAAGUACAAACCCUUCAUGAUCAUCACAGAGUACAUGGAAAACGGCGCGCUGGACAAAUUCCUGCGGGACAAAGACGGGGAGUUCUGCGUGAUCCAGCUGGUGGGCAUGCUGCGGGGCAUCGCGGCCGGCAUGAAGUACCUGGCCAACAUGAACUACGUGCACCGGGACCUGGCCGCGCGCAACAUCCUGGUCAACAGCAACCUGGUCUGCAAGGUGUCCGACUUCGGGCUCUCCAGGGUGCUGGAGGAUGACCCUGAAGCCACCUACACCACCAGCGGGGGGAAGAUCCCGAUCCGCUGGACGGCACCCGAGGCCAUCUCCUACCGCAAGUUCACCUCUGCCAGUGACGUCUGGAGCUAUGGCAUCGUCAUGUGGGAGGUGAUGUCCUACGGCGAGCGCCCGUACUGGGAGCUCUCCAACCAUGAGGUGAUGAAGGCCAUCAAUGAGGGCUUCCGCCUGCCCGCCCCGCUGGACUGCCCCUCUGCCGUCUACCAGCUGAUGAUGCAGUGCUGGCAGCAGGAGCGCAGCCGGCGCCCCAAGUUCGCCGACGUCGUCAGCAUCCUCGACAAGCUCAUCCGUGCCCCUGAGUCACUCAAGACGCUGGCGGACUUCGACCCACGGGUCUCCAUCCGCCUGCCCAGCACCAGCGGCUCCGAGGGCGUCCCCUUCCGCUCGGUGCCUGAGUGGCUCGAGUCCAUCAAGAUGCACCAGUACGCCGAGCACUUCAUGGCCGCAGGCUACAGCACCAUGGAGAAGGUGCUGCAGAUGACCAGCGACGACAUCAAGAAGAUCGGUGUGCGCCUGCCCGGCCACCAGAAGCGCAUCGCCUACAGCCUGCUGGGGCUGCAGGAGCAGCUCUGCGCCGGGGGCAUCCCCAUCUGACCCCCACGUACCCCAGCGUGCAAAAUGAAGACCCCCAGCCUACCCCCCCCCGCCGCUUUAUUUAUUAUUUUUAUUAUUUUUAAGGUUUUUAUUAUUGUUAAUAAUAAUAUUAUUUCCCACGGGGGAUGUUGCCACUUGGGCAUCGCCAUCCCCAGGACAAAAGGGGUGUGAAACCCCACAAAAAUUAAAUUUCAAGCCGGCACUUGGUUGGGGGGGCGGCCUUAUUAGGGGGGAGUUUCCUCUUUUUUUUCUGCAUUUCAAGGAAAAAAAAAUAGGGCUGAGCCAGGUGCUUCUGAAUGCUUUGUGGAUGGCUUGGCCCUAAACUCUCGAUUUUUGCUUUUUUUCCCCUAUUUAUUCCUCUCCCGACGCUGGGUUGGGUUUUUUCCACCUUAAUGCUGAUAAGCAGUGUUACCUCUUCUAUUUUUUGUUUUUUAACGUAAUUUAUUAUAUUUUUGUAUAUUUAUUGAAGAAAAAUCAAAGAGGUUUCAGAUUUGGGGAAGAUAAUAGGGGAGAGAAAAAAAAGGGGGGCAGGUUUGGGGUAUUUUUCCCCCCCUUUUUAAUGGAUUUUAUGGGAUUUUCAUGAAAGUGAGUUUGAUUUGAAUAAAACUUUUGUGCUCUUUUU